AUGCUUUUUCGAUAUUUUUGUCGCAAGACAUUAAUUUUGCUCUGCAUCACAUUCAACAUUUGUCUGGCCAACGGCUCAGACGAAGAAAAUCGCAAGAAGAGACAGUGGUCAAAAUCGACAAUCAACUAUACUGAUGCAUUUCAGACACCAACUUCUAUAACAACAGGAACUUCAGCCGAUUUCACGAGCAAUCAUCGACUGAGCUCAAAACGAUUCAUAUCAAAGCCAAAAAACGAGAGAGACCUGGAAGCUUUCACAUCCAAAAAGAUAAAAAAUCAACCCCAAGUUAAUUCCAUCAAUCGAGAAAGAUCAAAUCUGGAACACAGUAAGGGAUCAAGUGCUAAUGAGAUGGCUUCUUCUCGUGAUGACACCGAGGCGGAAUUUAAUCAUAUAAAACGAGAUACUGGUCUUAAUAAUUACCCUAAUGUAACAGCUGAUUCUUCAACAGGUUCUCAUUCAAAUAUAGAGGCAUCUUUGUCAAAUACCAAGACGGCACAACUUGCAGACAAUGGAGAUCAAAUUUCUUCAAAUGCCUGGCCACAACCAAUUGAGACCGGUUCUGGUCUUUCAGGAGGAAAUGAUUCUGAAAUUCUGGAAUGGACAGACAGUACUCCUGUGAGUCUUGUCUCUGGAGAAACAUCUCCUUCCGCUGUUAAAAAUGAGGAGUUAAGUACAUACCAGUUGCAUUCUUUUGAGACUACGAAACCACUCAACAUUUCUGCCGAUCACACCUCACCUAUAUUUCGCACAAAACAUCCAGACGAGACUGAAGCAUCGUCCGUAGGACAAAGUAGCAUAUCUGGCUGGAAUUGGAGUUUUCCUGCCUCUUCCUACCAGAAUUACAGACGGUCAGAGAUUAUCUUCUUUCGCUGUUACACAAACGCCCGUAACAGAAAACGAAUCAUCACCUCCAAAAAAUAUUACAACUAA